UGGUGUUGAAUUGCUUGAUAUCUUAUCCCCGAAUUUUAUCUGUCACAGUCAGCAGAAGACAGAUACGCAUCAAUUGUUGAAUGAUUAUUAGUCGAGCAACUGAGUUUCAAAUACUGAAUGCAUAAAGCAAAAAAAAAAAAAAAAAAAGACCUUCAAUGCAUAAAUGACCAUUAAAUAAUGUAAGGCACCCCAUAACUUGUUCAGCCAAGAAAACAGAAGUAAACAAUGGAUUAUGUAGCCAUUGUAGGUGGAUUACUACUUGCCUGGACUUUGCUUCAGUGCAUUCGUUGGCUAGCUAUAAGCAACAGAUGUAACAGAAAACUCCCACCAGGGCCAGUUCCCCUACCCUUAAUUGGAAAUCUUCACAACAUUCUUCUUGGUAGUCAACCUCACCAGUCCAUUGCAAAGCUUGCCGACAAAUAUGGCCCAAUAAUUAGCCUCAGAUUCGGACGAAUAACUACAGUGGUUACAUCUUCAUCAGCCGUGGCCAAAGAAGUUUUACAAAAGAAAGAUUUGGCCUUUUCAAGUAGAACAAUUCCAGAUGCAAUAUAUGCACUAAAUCACUGCCAAUUCUCUGUGGUAUGGCUACCAGUCGCUAAUCGAUGGAGAAGCCUAAGGAAAAUCUUGAAUUCUAAUAUCUUCUCUGGCAGCAGGCUUGAUGCAAAGCAACAUCUCAGGUCCCGAAAGAUCCAAGAUCUUAUUGCUUAUUGCGAUAGGUGUAGCCAAACUGGUGAGGCAGUGAAUAUAGGCCAAGCUACUUUUGAGACCUCUAUGAAUUUACUUUCGAAUACCAUUUUUUCCAAGGAUGUAGUGGACCCUUAUGCAAAUUCAGGUAAAGAAUUCAAGGAUGUUGGUAAGUUGCUUCAACAAAUUGAGGGACUGAUACAUGAACGAUUCGAGCAAAGAAGGGGAUUUGCAACUAGCAGUAGCACUGACGUUCUUGAUGUUUUGUUAAAUAUCAGCAAUGAAGACCCACAGCCAAUCGACAGAAAUCACAUCGAACGGUUAUGCUUGGACCUUUUCGUUGCGGGAACUGACGCAACUUCUAAUACAUUAGAAUGGGCAAUGGUAGAGGUCAUGAGAAAACCAUACAUAAUGAGAAAAGCUAAAGCUGAGCUUGCAGAAGUUAUUGGCAAAGGCAAGGCAAUAGAAGAGGCCGACGUUGCUUGUCUCCCAUAUUUGCAGUGCAUAGUGAAAGAAACCUUGCGGGUACACCCACCAGUACCCUUUUUGAUUCGAAAGGUAGACCAAGAUGUUGAGGCGUGUGGCUAUUUUGUUCCAAAAGACUCUCUAGUGUUAGUGUACGUAUGGUCAAUAGGCCGUGAUCCAGCUAUAUGGGAGGAUCCACUCACCUUUAAGCCUGAGAGAUUUUGGGGUUCAAAAAUGGAUGUUCGUGGCCAAGAUUUUGAACUCAUUCCAUUUGGUGCCAGUCGAAGAAUUUGCCCGGGGUUACCUUUGGCAACCAGAACAGUUUCUGUAAUGUUGGGUUCAUUGUUGAAUUCAUUUGAUUGGAAAGCUGAAGGGGAUAUUGCACUAGAGGAUUUGGAUGUGGAAGAAAAGUUUGGCAUUACACUUGCGAGAUUGCGUCCUUUAAGAGUUGUCCCUGUUCCACUGUAAAUGCCAGCUCCAAAUUGACCAUGUAAUAACAUUAUUUUAUUAGUGACCAGACACUAGACAGUAUCCAAAACUUUGGAAUUGGGGUGUCUUGACUCUUGAUGUUCCGUGCACCCAGUGAUGAAUUAAUAAUGUCCCACAUGUACACUAUAGUUUAUCAUUGUUGUAUUCUUCUCUCUUUUAAGUAAUGUAACUAUUUUCUUUUAAGCAAUUGUGUUGGUUUAGUUAAAA